AGUUGGUGCUGCCGCGGCAGUCGCGGUGGUCGCCGGCGCCGUCGCCGUCGCCGUCGCCGUCGCCGUCGCCGCCGGGGCUUCUGUGACUUCUCCCGGAGUGUGAGAUCGGAGUCCACGCGUGUGGAUUUGUUGCCGCCACCGGCUGCGUAGCUCCGGAGGACAGAAAAAACAGGAAUGUAAAGAAGAAAUCAAAAUGGAUCUGAGUAUGAGUGUGAAUUCUGUCACCAUCUCUGUUGAGGGAAUGACAUGUAGUUCCUGUGUUUGGACCAUUGAACAGCAGAUUGGAAAACUGAAUGGUGUACAUCAUAUCAAAGUUUCACUGGAAGAAAAAAAUGCAACUAUUAUUUAUGACCCAAAACUACAAACUCCAAAGACCCUGCAGGAAGCUAUUGAUGACAUGGGCUUUGAUGCUGUUCUCCACAAUCCUAAGCCUCUCCCUGUUUUAACUGAAACUGUGUUUCUGACUGUUACUGCUUCACUGGUUCCGCCAUGGGACCAUAUCCAAAGCACAUUGCUCAAGACCAAGGGUGUGACAGAUAUUAAAAUUUCCCCUCAGCAGAGAACUGCACUGGUGACAAUAAUCCCUUCUAUAGUGAAUGCCAGUCAGAUAGUAGAGCUGGUUCCUGAUCUCAGUUUAGGUACUGGAACUCUGGAGAAAAAGUUAGGAACUUGUGAAGAUUAUAGUAUGGCUCAACCAGGUGAAGUCAUGCUGAAGAUGAAGGUGGAAGGGAUGACCUGCCAUUCAUGUACCAGCACCAUUGAAGGAAAAAUUGGGAAACUGCAAGGUGUUCAGCGAAUUAAAGUUUCCUUGGACAAUCAAGAAGCUACUGUUGUUUAUCAGCCUCAUCUUAUCACAGCAGAGGAAAUAAAAAAGCAGAUUGAAGUUGUGGGCUUCACAGCAUUCAUCAAAAAACAGCCCAAAUACCUCAAAUUGGGAGCUAUUGACAUAGAACGUCUAAAGAACACACCAGUCAAAUCCUCAGAAGGAUCACAGCAAAGGAGUCCAUCAUACACCAGUAAUUCAACAGUCAUUUUCACCAUAGAUGGCAUGCAUUGUAAAUCAUGUGUGUCAAAUAUUGAAAGUGCUUUAUCUACACUCCAACAUGUAAGCAGUGUAGUAGUUUCUUUAGAGAAUAAAUCUGCCAUAGUAAAGUACAAUGCAAGUUUAGUCACUCCAGAAACACUGAGAAAAGCAAUAGAGGCCAUAUCACAAGGGCAAUAUAGAGUUAGUAGUGCAAGUGAAAUUGAGAGUACCUCAAAUUCUCCCUCCAGCUCGUCUCUUCAAAAGAGUCCUUUGAAUGUAGUUAGCCAGCCUCUAACUCAAGAAACUGUGAUAAACAUUGAUGGCAUGACUUGUAAUUCUUGUGUGCAGUCUAUUGAAGGUGUCAUAUCAAAAAAGGCAGGUGUAAAAUCCAUACAAGUAUCACUUGCCAAUGGCAAAGGGACUGUUGAGUAUGAUCCUUUAUUAACCUCUCCAGAAACCUUGAGAGAAGCAAUAGAAAACAUGGGAUUUGAUGCUUCCUUGUCAGAUACAAAUGAGCCAUUGGUAGUAAUAGCUCAGUCCUCAUCAGAAAUGCCACUUUUGACCUCAACUAAUGAAUUUCACACCAAAAUGAUGACACCAACUCAUGACAAGGAGGAGCCAAAGACUUCAUCUAAGUGUUAUAUACAGAUCACUGGUAUGACUUGUGCUUCCUGUGUAGCAAACAUUGAACGGAAUUUAAGACGAGAAGAAGGAAUAUAUUCUGUACUUGUGGCUCUGAUGGCUGGCAAGGCAGAAGUGAGGUAUAACCCUGCUGUCAUACAACCCCCAGUGAUAGCCGAGUUAAUCCGAGAGCUUGGAUUUGGAGCCAUUGUGAUAGAAAAUGCUGAUGAAGGAGAUGGUGUUUUGGAACUUGUUGUGAGAGGAAUGACAUGUGCCUCCUGUGUCCAUAAAAUAGAAUCUACCCUCACAAAACACAGAGGGAUCUUCUACUGCUCUGUAGCCCUGGCAACCAACAAAGCACAUAUUAAAUAUGAUCCGGAAAUUAUUGGUCCCAGAGAUAUUAUUCAUACAAUUGAAAGCUUAGGUUUUGAAGCUUCUUUGGUCAAGAAGGACCGGUCAGCAAGCCACCUAGACCAUAAACGAGAAAUAAGACAAUGGCGACGGGCCUUUCUUGUGAGCCUGUUUUUCUGUAUACCUGUAAUGGGACUGAUGAUAUAUAUGAUGGUUAUGGACCACCAUCUUGCAAGUCUUCACCAUAAUCAGAACAUGAGCCAAGAAGAAAUGAUCAACAUUCAUUCUUCUAUGUUCCUGGAGCGCCAGAUCCUGCCAGGAUUGUCCAUUAUGAAUUUGCUAUCUUUUUUAUUGUGUGUUCCUGUACAGUUUUUUGGAGGCUGGCACUUCUAUAUUCAGGCCUACAAAGCACUGAAGCAUAAAACUGCAAAUAUGGAUGUAUUGAUUGUGCUGGCAACCACCAUUGCAUUUGCUUACUCUUUGGUUAUUCUUCUGGUUGCAAUGUAUGAGAGAGCCAAAGUGAACCCUGUUACUUUCUUUGACACACCUCCUAUGCUAUUUGUGUUUAUUGCACUAGGCCGGUGGCUGGAACAUGUAGCAAAGGGCAAAACAUCAGAGGCUCUUGCCAAACUAAUUUCACUACAAGCUACAGAAGCAACUAUUGUAACUCUUGACUCUGAUAAUAUCCUCUUGAGUGAAGAGCAAGUGGAUGUGGAACUUGUACAACGUGGAGACAUUAUUAAAGUGGUUCCAGGAGGCAAAUUUCCAGUAGAUGGGCGUGUUAUUGAAGGACAUUCUAUGGUAGAUGAAUCCCUCAUCACAGGAGAGGCAAUGCCUGUGGCAAAGAAAUCUGGAAGCACAGUGAUUGCUGGUUCCAUUAACCAGAAUGGGUCUCUCCUUAUCCGUGCAACCCAUGUUGGAGCAGACACAACCCUUUCUCAAAUUGUCAAACUUGUAGAGGAGGCACAAACGUCAAAGGCUCCUAUCCAGCAGUUUGCAGACAAACUCAGUGGCUACUUUGUUCCUUUUAUUGUUAUUCUUUCCAUUGCUACCCUUUUGGUUUGGAUUAUAAUUGGAUUUCUGAAUUUUGAAAUCGUGGAAACCUACUUUCCCGGCUACAACAGAAGUAUAUCCCGAACAGAAACAAUAAUACGCUUUGCUUUCCAAGCCUCUAUCACAGUUCUGUGCAUUGCAUGCCCCUGUUCACUGGGACUGGCCACUCCAACUGCUGUGAUGGUGGGUACAGGAGUAGGUGCUCAAAAUGGCAUACUAAUCAAAGGUGGUGAGCCAUUGGAGAUGGCUCAUAAGGUAAAGGUAGUGGUAUUUGAUAAAACUGGAACCAUUACCCAUGGAACCCCAGUAGUGAAUCAAGUAAAGGUUCUAGUGGAAAGUAACAGAAUAUCACGCAAUAAGAUCCUGGCUAUUGUGGGAACUGCUGAAAGUAACAGUGAACACCCUCUGGGAGCAGCCAUAACCAAAUACUGCAAACAGGAGCUGGACACUGAAACCUUGGGUACCUGCAUAGAUUUCCAGGUUGUGCCAGGCUGUGGCAUUAACUGUAAAGUCACCAAUAUCGAAGGCUUGCUACACAAGAAUAACUGGAAGAUAGAGGAAAAUAAUAUUAAAAAUGCAUCCCUGGUUCAAAUAGAUGAGAGUAAUGAACAGUCAUCAACUUCGUCUUCCAUGAUUAUUGAUGCUCAGUUCUCAAAUGCUCUUAAUGCUCAGCAGUACAAAGUUCUCAUUGGCAACCGGGAGUGGAUGAUUAGAAAUGGUCUUGCCAUUAAUAACAGUGUAAAUGAUUCCAUGGCUGAACACGAGAGAAGAGGUCGGACUGCUGUACUGGUAGCAGUUGAUGAUGAGCUGUGUGGUUUGAUAGCUAUUGCUGAUACAGUGAAGCCUGAAGCAGAACUGGCUGUCCAUAUUCUGAAAUCUAUGGGCUUAGAAGUUGUUCUGAUGACUGGAGACAACAGUAAAACAGCUAGAUCUAUUGCUUCUCAGGUUGGCAUUACUAAAGUGUUUGCUGAAGUUCUACCUUCCCACAAGGUUGCUAAGGUGAAGCAACUUCAAGAGGAGGGGAAACAGGUAGCAAUGGUAGGAGACGGAAUCAAUGACUCCCCAGCUCUGGCGAUGGCUAAUGUUGGAAUUGCUAUUGGCACAGGCACAGACGUAGCCAUUGAAGCAGCUGAUGUGGUUUUGAUAAGGAAUGAUCUUCUGGAUGUAGUGGCAAGUAUUGAUUUAUCAAGGAAGACAGUCAAGAGGAUUCGGAUAAAUUUUGUCUUUGCUUUAAUUUAUAAUCUGAUUGGAAUUCCCAUAGCUGCCGGAGUUUUUAUGCCCAUUGGUUUGGUUUUGCAGCCCUGGAUGGGAUCUGCUGCAAUGGCUGCUUCAUCUGUUUCAGUAGUACUUUCUUCACUCUUCCUCAAACUUUACAGGAAACCAACUUAUGAGAAUUAUGAACUACGUGCCCGAAACCAAAUGGGACAGAAAAGUCCUUCAGAAAUAAGUGUUCAUGUUGGAAUAGAUGAUACCUCAAGAAAUUCUCCUAAACUGGGUUUGCUGGACCGAAUUGUUAAUUACAGCAGAGCUUCCAUAAAUUCACUACUGUCUGAUAAACGAUCACUAAACAGCGUUGGUACCAGUGAACCUGACAAGCACUCACUCCUGGUCGGAGACUGCAGGGAAGAUGAUGACAGUGCGUUGUAACAGGCCACAGAGAAUGCUGCUAGAUGAUGUUGUCCUGCACUGACACAGUGUUCCUGAUCACCUUAGCUUUUUAAAAUAUUGCAAGGCUUUAUGUUGGUCUCAUGCUCUCAUGUUAGGGAACCUAUUUGAAUUGCAUUUGUCUGAUGGCAAAAAUAUCUUUUUCAGGGCAUCAGCUCAGAACCUAGCUUUAUUGAAAAUGAAAUUCCAGUAUUUUUUGUUUUCACUAGCAACAGAUAAAGUAGAGCAGUGAGGUUUACAAGUCCUACAGCUGAAGAUGCUGAAUUGCUGCUGAAAUCAUAAAUAAUUUUUUAUUUGACUAAAAGUUCAAGGAAAGAUAAUUAAACAUUGUAAAAUUUAGGUGCAUAAUCUUGAGAUUCUUGAGCCCUUCUCCCUGCCUGCCAGAUUGGGGAGCAGUGGCUUUCAAAGCACUGUAUAAAACAUCUAGUUUUUGAAGAAAAAGAGUAGAAAUUGUUUAAAAAUAGACGUGCCUUAUUUAUUACAGGCUUUUUUCCCCUCUUAUUCUCCCUGCAUCUUGGUCUUUGCGGUUGCUUUCUUAGAUGCCCUAGUGUGUUUAACUUUUGUUAUGUUCUUUCAAGUGAGCUAAGUGUAAAUAGUUUCUCAUUGACAAAAGUAACUGACAAAUUUUCCAGUACCACCUUUGUUUCUUUAUCUUGUAGCUCAAAGACCUUAAGGGCCUAUAUAGUUCCCUGCUUCCCAUCUUUCCACUGCUAUAAAAAAUGCAUCCGAUUCUUCCUUCAGUGACUUCCUAGCUCUGUGUAAUCUUUCAGUUCACUCCUGCUGAGUUCAGCUAUAAGUUCUUAUUGUCUGUCAGCCUCAGUUCAGGAACUUAAGAUUUUGUGCCACUUCUACAAUUGAUUUUUUUUUCAAAGAUUGACACUACCAUCUUUAGCAUAUACUGGUCAUAAAGUUACCUUGUUCUGCUUGCUCUUGUUCAGU